GUAGAUGUAGACAGAGGCAGAAAAUCCCUCCAACGCAAACACACACUCACUCAUUCAGGGUCAACCAGUAUCGCUCUCGCUCGCUUCCGACAGCAACAGAAACCCACACUGACACUGAUCAAACACUCUCCACCGCUUUCUCCAGCAACCAUCCCCUGGGAUUGCUGUCCUCAAUAUGGCAAACAAGUCUGAUGUAAAGGCCAUGAAGGCUCGCUUCGAAGUGAGUGAGUCAAGCAAUGACGACACUUCACCGGCUGGACGUACUAAACAACCCCUGGGCCCCACUCUCUCCUCCGGGUCGACCACACUGACAAAGAAACCUCUCGGGCGAGAGAGCUUCUCGGGCAGCGCGAUUAUAAUUCCUCCUAAACCAGCUUUCCUUAAAAAUGCUGUAUCCCCAAGAAAUGACACAGUGGUCCAUGAGCCAAACAAAACUAUAGCCCCGACUAGCAGGUUUGCCAACACACAGGAUGACCUUAACGCCAGAAUCAAACCUUUUAUAGGUAAUAAACAGCAAAUACCCAUGAAGCCACAUCUGUCAAAGCCUCCUGAAGCUAAAGCCCCCAUACAGAAAACUCCUCUCAACAAGCCCCCCCUCAGCUCCACCCUGUCCGACGCCAAACCUAAACCACCUCCAACACUCACCUCCAAGCCCAGCUGGGUAAAACACAACACUGGGGGUGUGCCCUCCACAGCCAGCUCCGCACUCAAAAUACCACCUUUACAACAAAAAACGAGCAGCAGCCUUAUAAAACUAUGGCAGCAAAAUGAAGAUAAGGCAGGGGCAAACAUGGACACCGCGGACAAACCUUCACCUCAGACAAAGCCCCCGUCCAACUUUAGGGCUUCUCAGAAUGUGUCCAACAAGGAGAAGGACAACAGCGAGCAGCCAGAAAAUGGUGGAACCAGCAAAGCGCCAGGCUCUGCCGCUAACUCCGUACCUCCUGCCAAACCUCCAGCCGCUAAAAAGCCUAGCUUGAAGCGGUACACCAAGGACUCCCCUCAGCUUGGCACCGAUAACGGUGUUGCCAUUGGCCCCAAGCGUAACCCUCUACCCAACAGUUUAGCUUUGGGUACUGCUCCUGCUAAACCCAACCGACCCCCCAAAGUCAACCUGGAGAACUUCAAAAGAGGUGCUGUGGCCUCUGAGGAUGGUCCAGGCACCUUGGCGAAAUCCAUCAUCCCAGCUCCUCUUCCAAGUAACCACCGCAACCAUGUGAUCCCUCCUCCAGCAGCUCAGGCUGACUUCCCCAGUCUUCCCCCACGACACCCUGGAUCCAUGAUCGAACAAGAGGAAAUCUACGAUGAUCUUGAUGAAGUAAACAGCAAUCCUCCACCUCUACCACUACCCUCAGGUCACCCCAGUCAGUGGGCAAAGGAGGGACUUGAGGAUGAUGAUGACGGAGACACGUAUGAUGAUCUCGACGAACGAUGGGAGGAAGUUGAACAAAAACAAGAAAAGCAGAAAGAGAAAGAGGCAAAGGAGGUGAAAAAACGACAGGAGGCUGAGAAGAAGGAGCAGAAGGAACGGGAGAAGAAGGAACAAGAUGCUAGAAAGAAAUUCAAGUUGGUUGGGCCCCUGGAGGUCAUCCAGCAGGGUAAAGCUUGUGUGGACUGCAAAGGCAAUAAAACCGACCUUCUUCUGAAGCUGGGAGACAGUCUGGACAUCUUACGUGUCCAAGGAAACCCAGAGGGGAAAUGGUUGGGACGGACUCAGGAUGGAUCCAUCGGUUACGUAAAAACCGUCUCAGUGGAAAUUGAUUUCAACUCGCUGAAGAAUCGUUCAAGUCAGCAGGAGUCCGACCCUGAAGUCUACGAUGACAUUGAUGUGCUCUCCGCUGAUAACAGUGGCAUUAAGGGACCAGGAGUUGUCCUUCCGCCGCUGCCGGGAGAGGAAGGAGAAAUAUACGAUGAUGUUAGUGAUCCAAACCUGGAAGGCAGUCCCGUGGACUCCAGGGCUUCCUUCGUGAAGUCGCGCAGCUUCCUGCGGAUGUUUGAGCGGAACAAUCGUCUUGCCAGCACUAAAGUAGUACCUCCACCGAGCCAGUUCGCUGCACAGGGGAAUUCAGAUCAGGCAGAGGAUGAGGAAAUAUACGACGAUGUUGACUCUCAAAAUCAGCCUCCACCUCUGCCCAGCUUUCCAAACCUAAAAGGCAGAAGCAGGAAUGAAGAGAUGGACCCGAAGAAGCAGAAGAAGUUUGAGAAAGAGGAGAAGGAAUUCCGGAAAAAGUUUAAAUAUGAUGGCGAGAUCCAGGUGCUGCACCAGGUGACCAUCGUCCACACGCUGACCAAUAAGAGGUGGAAUGGGAAAGAGCUGCCAGUCAAAGCAGCCGAGCAACUUGACGUCAUUGUUGAAGCUGUGGACAACAAACUUAUCUGUCGGAAUGAAGAGGGCAAAUUUGGUUACGUUUCAACGGGCCACAUUGUUACAGACGAUGCUGAUAUCUACGAUGACAUCAGAGACGACUGUGUUUAUGACAACGACUGAGAAACAUCCUGCACUGGGUUGAAUGUUUAACACUGAUGUUUAUCACGUUAUUUAUUACGUUUUAUUGAUGAUACACUCUAGAAGUCCACCUGAGAAUCGGACUGAUUUGUCAUUUCAUUUUCAUGCCAUUAUUUAUUAUUAGAUAUUUGGCAUAUUGGACAUGUGGGCAGAAUUUGAAGAUUUGAAAUCCGGCUGGCAGUAAAGUCCUUUUGAACAAUUCAAUCCUUUUAAUUUUUAUUUCGAAAAAAAACAAAAAAAGCUUGAUGUUGAUAUGUUACUUGCAAUGUUUUGGGAAACCUUUGUUGAAUCAACAGUAUUUCCAUAUUUCUGUUUUUAUAUUGUACCUGUUUCUCCCCUCUCAUGUAUGCAUCUACUGUGUUGUUCAAUAAUAUCAUAAGAAUAGCAGCAUGUUUAAAUGAUAGUUGUAAAUAUUACUUCCUACUUUGUCAUAAAUUGCUGUACAUGAUAAAAUACUGAUCAUAACUCUGGUUUCUUUGUGUCGGGUUUUAAAAUGUAAAAUAAACUAUUUGAGUGUCAA